GCCAGCGUGGGCGUGGGGCCCGAGCCGCUGCAGGGCGACAGCCCCGGCGACUGGCUGCACGCGCCGCUGGAGUCCGACGUGCGCGCCGUGGUGGUGGGCUUCGACCCGCACUUCAGCUACAUGAAGCUCACCAAAGCCCUGCGCUACCUGCAGCAGCCCGGCUGCCUGCUCGUGGGCACCAACAUGGACAACCGGCUCCCGCUCGAGAACGGCCACUUCAUCGCGGGUACCGGUUGCCUGGUCCGAGCCGUGGAGAUGGCCGCCCAGCGCCAGGCCGACAUCAUAGGGAAACCCAGCCGUUUCAUCUUCGACUGCGUGUCCCAGGAGUACGGCAUCAACCCAGAGCGCACCGUCAUGGUGGGAGACCGCCUGGACACAGACAUCCUCCUGGGAGUCACCUGUGGCCUGAAGACCAUCCUGACCCUCACUGGAGUCUCCACUCUAGCGGAUGUGAAGAAUAAUCAGGAAAGUGACUGCAUGUCUAAGAAGGAAAUGGUCCCUGACUUCUAUGUUGACAGUAUAGCAGACCUUUUGCCAGCCCUUCAAGAUGCCCAGGGCUGCUGCUCUUCACACACAGUUGCCCAGUUCUGUAAGCUCAGCCUAGCUAAUCCUCGCUGUCUUGAGUACGCGUUUAAACCCAGACGACCUGGACUGAGGAUGGUGUUUGCCGAGCAGCCAAGAGGCCAUGGGUGCCUCCGCUGAACCCUGGGCUGCCGUGCAGGGAGCUUAGAGCAGCGUUGGUACCACAAUUAUUUUUAACUUUUGGACAACUUUGUCAAGCUAUGGAAUUGAAUCUUAAGUGUGUUAAUAGCUGUGCUCUGUCUUGUAGGGAAAAUCCCACUGAAGAAUUCUCCGUUCCCUGCAGCCAGCAGCAUGGCUAAAGAAAUGUACUGGCCAAGGAAGGCCUGUUGCCAAGGCUCUGGGUGGGGGAGGCAAGAUGCAUCCCCAGGAACAGGAAGUCCUUUUACAAAGCGUCCAAUAUCUUCCUGUCCUCAUACCCUAGGUUGGGGUUGGGGUUGGAUGCCAGGGGCCACCCACCUCGCCCCUGGCUUCCCUUGUCAUGGCCAGCAGGACUUGGCAGGGCUCCGGCCUUCUCUGCUCACCCCUCCAUGUCUGCUCGCCCUUGACAGACUGAAAGACUCAGUGGUGCUUGCAGGGCAGAGCCUGGUAAGCUGUUCCUUUUGACUGAGUCCUUGGCCCAUGCCCUGCACCCAUGGCUUCUGGCCCAGCCUUGUCACAGCAUUCCUCCACUUAUUCAGAGUUCUCAGAGCAAUAAAGGGUGUCCUGAGCCUUGGGUUCCUUUUGGGCCUGGGGUGCUGGGUAUGGACUUGCCACAGGGCAGCAUGAGGGCAGCCACGCCUGUGAGGUUGGUGGUGCUGAUGUUGGCUCUGUGAGGUCGGCUCAAGGGUCUGGACAUUGAGUAGGCUGUCAGGGCGUUGUCACCCACACCAGGAGCACGCAGCAGCCAGCAAUGCCUCCCUCUUCUGGGCGGUGGUCUGGGAACCCAUGUGCACCCUGUCUCUGGCCCACAAGGGCUGCUGCAUGUGUGAACCUGAAUGCACAUUAAAUUGUCAAACCCACA